GAAGGGGGUGGAGAGCGCCGGGACCCGCAUUUUGGGGUAAGCCGCCCCCCGCCCGUCCGGAUCCCGGCGAUCCCGCGGAUCCCGGGCCCCGAAGGGGUUAAAGCUCCGGUCCCUCCCCCCGCUUCUCCUCCCCCGGCUCUGGGAUAAACCGAGAGCCCGACCGGGAAGGCGCCCGGAACCCGCCCGGCCGCUCCGCCCGGCCCGGCCCGCGGCGCCCCGACCCGUCCGGCCGGUCCUGCCGGGCUGCGGAGCUCCCUGCCCCGAGCGCGGCCUUCGGCCUCGUCCUGCUCACCUCCUCAGCCUCCGACAGCUCUCUCCAGCGUCCUCACCCUCCUCAGCUCGCCAGCCUCUUCCCACCGUCCUCAUCCUCAGCUGAGGACCUUCUCCAAACCUCUUCCAAACUUCCUCCAAUCUCCUCAUCCUCCUUCUCACCUUCUCCAUCCUCCCUGCAGCCUCCUCCAGCCCUAUUCCAACCCUCCCCGACCUUCUUCACCCGCUUUCCAACCUGUUUCCAAACUCCCUCCUACCUCCUUUCCCAACUUCCAGUCUCCUCCCGGUGUUCCGACCUGCUCUCCCGCCUCCCGAGCGCUUCCCGAGCUCUCCUCUCUCCGCUCUCCGCUCUCCGCUCUCCUCUCCCGGCCCGAUGUCGGUGUCCAUCCCCCGGCAGCCGCUCCGGAGCAGCUCGGCCGUCCCGGCUCGCUCCUUCUCGUCGCGCUCCUUCACGGCCGGCCCGGCGCUGAGGAUGAGCACGGCCCCGGCCUUCGGCCCCUACGGGGGGCUCCGGGGGGGCUCCGGGGGGCUCGGGGGUCCCUGCUGGCUCCCGGCGGCGGGCGGCGGCAUCACGGCCGUCACCAUCAACCGGAGCCUCCUGGCGCCGCUGGACGUGGCCGUGGAUCCCGAGCUGCAGGAGCUGCGCCGGGAGGAGAAGGAGCAGAUCAAGACCCUCAACGAUAAAUUCGCCGCCUUCAUCGACAAGGUGCGGUUCCUGGAGCAGCAGAACAAACUCCUGGAGACCAAGUGGGGGCUCCUGCGGGCGCAGCCGCCGCCGCGCAGCAGCCUGGGGGGGCUCCUGGAGGGCUACGCGGGGACCCUGCGGCGGCAGCUCGAGGGGCUGGGCCAGGAGCGGCAGCGGCUGCGCGCCGAGCUCGGCCACGUCCGCGGCCUCGUCGAGGAGUUCAAGGCCAAGUAUGAGGAGGAGAUCAACCAUCGCACAGAGAAGGAGAACGAGUUUGUCCUGCUCAAAAAGGACGUGGAUGAAGCCUACAUGUCCAAGGUGGAGCUGGAGUCACGCCUGGAGAGCCUCACGGACGAGAUCAACUUCCUGCGGCAGCUCUACGAGGAGGAGCUGCAGGAGCUGCGGGCGCAGGUGUCGGACACGGCCGUGGUGGUGUCCAUGGACAACAGCCGGCAGCUGGACAUGGCCGGGGUGCUGGCGGACGUGCGCGCGCAGUACGAGGACAUCGCCGGCCGCAGCCGCGCCGAGGCCGAGGGCCUCUACCAGAUCAAGUACGAGGAGCUGAAGACGGCAGCAGGGAAGCAGGGAGACGACCUGCGCCAGACCCGCAGCCAGAUCCAGGAGCUGAACCGGCGGAUCCAGCGCAUCCAGGCAGAGAUUGAGGCUCUGAAAAAUCAGCGCUCGGGGCUGGAGGCGGCCGUGGCCGAGGCCGAGGAGCGCGGGGAGCUGGCGCUGAGGGACGCCCGGGCCAAGCUGGGGGGGCUGGAGGGGGCCCUGAACCAGGCCAAGCAGGACCUGGCCCGGCAGCUCCGCGAGUACCAGGAGCUCAUGAACGUCAAGCUGGCCCUGGACAUCGAGAUCGCGACCUACAGGAAGCUGCUGGAGGGCGAGGAGAGCAGGCUGGAGGCUGCUGUGCAGAACCUGAGCAUCCACACCAAGACUUCGGGGUACCUGGGUGGAUUCGGGGGAGGUUUUGGGAGCUUUGGGGGGCCGUUUGGGGGGGCCAUGGUCAGCUCCGGGUACUCGGUGCCCCCCGCACCCCCCGAGGGCCCGGCCCCCCCCAAAUCCCGCGCCAUCGUCAUCAAGAAGAUCGAGACCCGCGACGGGAAACUCGUGUCCGAGUCCUCCGACGUGCUGGAAAGCUGAACCCCC